AUGACGAGCACAGGAUCCAAAGUUCGGGUCAAUCAACCUACAAGCGAGGGAAAUGAUCCAUUGGAGACCUACGAAUUUGUUCCUGAUCAUCUGCGUCACCACUUCAAAGCAGACCUUGAAGCUUUUCUGAACGAGGAAUCCGAUCGUGAAGAGCGGGAACUCGUUCGUCAUGCUCGUCAGGCUCGAAGUGCCUAUUUGGUGGCUAAUUCCCUCUCACAGCAGCCACGUCCAGCCUCAACGCAGUUACUGUAUUCUAACGCUAUCGAGCGAGCUAUUACAGCUCGAAUGACAUACUCUCGAGCACUGGAAGGAUUGGAAAAAUAUUUUAACGACGUGAUGGCCAAAGUGAAGCAUCUUGAAAUUCAGCACCCUAGCAGUGGUUUUGAUAGCAGUGGCCUGAAAAUCCCAACGUUGAUGCAAACCCAACGACAGAUCAUAAACGUUUGUCAAGGUUGUUUAAACGACUGUGAUCUCUAUCUGGGUAUGUACGAGGCGCUUCCAAGCCCACCUGCUACGGCUCCAACCCCUAUCGUUCGGUAUGUUGCGUGCUCUACAAAGAGCUCAAUGCUGCACCAGAGACUCGAGUGUCCUUUUCAAGCUUCGGAAGGCCAGCAGCAUCCUCAGUCAGCUGAUAACCAAUCCAGAUCAAUGUGCAUUACAAUGCAAGCUAUGGUCGCAAAAGAGGCUAUUAUUGUGGAUGACAUAGCAGACCUCGAGCCGAGCGAAAUCCAUCGAUUUUCGCUGAAUCAAACGUCGACAGGAUCGUUCUCAUGCUUCCCUUUACUUACCAGUGAGACCGGGACAAGCACCGCAGUGAUUGGAGUCCUCUCUGUGGACUCAUGUCGAAAAGCACAUCGUUUACUGCCUCAGUCAAUGUCAGUGGAAACUCUGUAUGCGUUUCUGCUUCGAAUGCAGCUGAAAGACGCUGCAGUGGAGUUCAAGAAGGCGAAAAUGGAUGGUGCUCACUUUCUUGCGCUCACCGAAAUCGACCUCCGACAUAAACCGAGUUUCCUGCGCCUUAAAGUGGCUACAAGAAAUAGGUUAAUGGAGCUCACUCGCGCUCUUCAGCGUGGCAGUCGGAUACACCUCCCUGAUAGUAAUGAGCGCGCACCGCCCUUUACUCAAGACGAUGAUGCGGUAGAAUUUCUUGAUGAUGUUUCAAAACUAUCAGGAAAAUUUCUUGGUUGUUAUCGUCGAAUUCAUUGGAUUCAAGAAAUUGCGAAUAGUACGCGGAACCAAGGCUGUACUGCCUAUGACGUUUACGACGUACUGAUUCGUGCUAUCACGCAGUCGUUGGAGAGUUUGGAACGUGUCGGAGUGUGGAAAAUCACGAAGAAAGGAGCAAAUGGCACUACAGCGCCAGCUUCCUGUCAAUGGGAAAUAGACGUCGUUGCGUCUACUUCAGUUCCGGACGAUCGACUUGUUCCGUUCCUUGAUGCACAGGAACGAAAGAUGAAGCGAAUCGCUCUCUACAAGGAGAACGAGGACGCUAUUCGGGCUUCUCGUGAGACCGGAAAUGGUGUUUAUACGUCUUUGCUUCGUGGAGGAAUUAUUAACGUCACUUCAAAACCUGAGACCCCUUCUUCUCCGGGUUCAUAUUCUUGUGAGAACGUCACGUAUCAUGUUUCAUGGUCGGAUCGAUCGAUCCAGACGUUGUCGUGGGUGCAGCUUCGUCAACUUCUUCCUAUUCGGACGAUGAACGCUAAGCAUUUCCAGCUACGCCAACUCUGUCAACAGCUCCAAGACGAAGAAAAUGAAGCAAAGAAACAAAAGUCUGAGUUGUCGAAGUCCCUGAGAAUCAACAACCCGAAUGGAGUCGUGAUCGUCCUCCGAGAUGCCUCAAGAUCAAGCGACGUACAAUACGUUCUGGAAGUGGACUUAACAGCUCAGUUUGAGCCUCCCCCAGAAUUCCUUGAUUUCUUAGAACGAGCGGUUGUUGUAGCUGAACAAGCGCUGACGUGUGUUCGUGGUCGCGAAGCACGGCAGAGUAUACGCAAACAUGCAGUGGCGAAAAACACGCAGCGAUUCCAAUGCAUUGGCCUCAAUCCGUCUGGAGAUGCCCUCCGAGCUCUGCAAGAUAUCGUCCACAGAGUGUUUCAUGACAUCGUCGAUAGUUUACCUGGUACUCACGUACAAAUCGCAGAGCUUCAAGCCGACGGAACCCAACUGCAAUAUACGUUUGUGAGUCAAGGAUCGACAAUUCUUGGUUGCUCAUUAAAUCGAGGCCAAGGCGUGUCAUUCAAAUGUCUUGACACAAAACAAACGGUUGUAGUGGGGGCGAUGUCCAAGUUGAGGCCACUAUUACAGCGCUUUGGCCUACUACGAAGCCAACCUCAAGCGCUCGACGACAUGUUUCCGUUCAUUUUCGUUCCUCUAUAUCAUGAGGACUGCUGUGUUGGUGUACUCAGUGUCGACUCGUUUCAAAAUGUUCCAAAGGGGAGACACGACGAAGCUCACCCUGAAGCUGGAGUACUGGAAUUCUUGGCUCCGUUGGGUAAAUUACUUGCGAGUGCCAUUUACGCAAAGCGUCGGUCUUAUGCGUUGCAUGAGCUUCAGCUCGGAUGCCAUGAACCGCUGCGUUCACCACAACAGCUGCUGUUCUAUGCCUGCAGAGCGUUGAGAGAUGUUAUGGUUGGAGCUUGGAAAGUUCGAGUUGUGGAAAUCGAUGGAGUGCGUGGAAAAACGACUCUCGUGUAUGAAUUUUCAGAGGCUGAGAGAGAGCAAGCCCGGUCUUGGUUGUUUAAUGUGGUUCGUCCCAUGGCUUUUCGCUGGAAGGAAUUGUGUACAGACACGAUUGCGAAAUACUUAAACCAACUGCAGGAAAGUCACGAAAAGAAUGUCAGUGUGAUGAACCUAUUGGCUGCUAUUAGAGAAGACGAACAAGAACGUCAGAACACUGUGGAAAGGUAUCAACAAUUAAUUGCUGAAGAACAGACAGCUCUAUCUAAUGCUCCGCGUAGAUCAGCGAUCGAGACGGAGAAGGCAAAACUUGUGGAGAGGCAACUUGCGGACAAAUAUUUCUUGUUACUUGACAAUUCGAUGCUAAACGAGGAGUUAACUGUCGGUGCUGAUCGAAUCUCAAACCAAAAGUAUAUCGCCCACGCCAUGAAGUUGUUUCUUGGUUCAUCGACGUGUUUGUACUCUGAUGUCGAGGCAAUGGGUCGAGCAACAUCCCGAAUAUUUCUCACGAUUACGGCGGUGCCCCAAUUUCACGCAAGUUGUGACCAGGUUUAUUUGCAACGCGUGGCCAGCAUCACAUCAAAGUUCUUGGCAGCAUUGCACGAUAGAAUUCGUCGGUCGAAUGAGCGUACUAAAGCUCUCAGCAUAUUCCGUGAUCUUUGCCAAAAAGCUCUUACCUGUGAUGACGUAUCGCUUACUGGCACGGAUAAAAACACACGUGGUGGGCGCUAUAAUCAUAAAUUACCUCCCACCAAAGAAGUUGAGAUGGAGUGUCUGCUUCAGCUGCAAAGAGACACAAUUGCGCUAAUUGAACGCACUUUGGGCUCUCCAAAUGUGUACUUUGGGAUGUGGGAACCAGUACUGCGGAUUAUCCGGUACACUAGCGCCUCAAAAUCUAGUGUUAUGGCUGGAAAGAAGCUGAAACAUGGGUAUGGAGUCAGCUUUCUGACACUGGAGAAACAAAUUCCUAUUGUGAUAACCAGCCGAGAUGCAGCAAAUGAAGAAGAAAUAGCCUCAAAUUUCAAGAAGCUCCGCUACUUUACAAAUGAGCCAGUGGAAGACCGUAAGUGGCCGUUUAUUGUCGUUCCAGUUGGUAACUUAGGAGUGUUAGCGUUGGAUAACAUGCAUUCGUACGAACAAGAAUCUCGCGAACUACAGCCAGAACUAGGCGUCGUGGAUUUCUUACGUAAAAUUGGCCAAAGUUUUGCUGAAGUUCUUACUGUUAUUCGUGAACGGACAGUUCAACAACGCCAACAACUCCGCGACGAAGCGCUACUCCAUGUGAUGACUGCCUCUGAGAAUUUCAAACCGAAUACGAGAAAUAUUGCGAAAGUGUCAGGGUAUCUUCCACGCUUGGUUAUUCAGCAAAUUGAAAACGCUCUCAAUGGUGUAGACGCCUAUUUAGGACUGGUUGAUCCACUAUGCGAGCGGAUUCGCUUCAUUUGUGCGUCUUCAAGGAGUAAAAUGGAGGGUAAGACGGUCGAUGCAGCUCAGAGUUUAUCCUUCCGUGUUUUUUCUAGCCAGCGCUCUAUCGUGAUUCCACAGCUUCCUCAGUACUUUAAGGAACAAGAAAAAAUCCAACAACACAGCAGUAUACAUGGGCAAAAGUUAACGUAUUUCGGAGGUUCAAAACCGCCGCAAGGGCCGUUUGUCUGCGUUCCAGUGCCAUUCGUUGGGAUAUUAUCUGUCGACACAUUUCCCGGAGCUGCUGGCGGUGUCUUCUCUCCUUCGUUCCCUGAAGAUGGCGUGGUGGCGGUUUUGGAGAAGAUAGCGAACUAUCUAGGAGAGAAUAUCCGUACUUUAGCAGCUAACGAGGCUAAGAAGCAACUCCCAACGCUGUUUCGAGGAAAUCGAACGACAUUCCCACUACUUUUUCAAGAGAUUCUAGCGAUCUUAUCGCGCAAUUUGGUUGCAGUAUUCGACAUGCAAGCACGUUGCUAUGAACGUGAUAAACAAAGUGGAACAUGGAACAGGAAGGGACUGCUAUCUUCAACACGGCGAUCAACAAGUCUAAACCACGAAGAUUUCGACGUUGAUGCUGAAGAUCGUUUGAUGCAGAGUCUUGAGGAUCGGUACAGGCAAGAUGGCUAUCUGAAUAAUGAGAGUAGCAACGAAGAGGUUGUUUUGUCGCCAGUACACCAGCUUUCUCGAUAUCCUGAGACUCUGGUUGUUCAUUGUGCUUCGACUCGUGUUGUUGCUGAUGAUGACGCAGUUUUAGUCCCGACAGUGCUGGUUUUACGUCGUGUCAAAGGCUCUACUUGGAAGUACGAUGAGGAUUUUCUACUGUCGAUCCUACCGCUUAUUAACUCACUAAUCGAGUUAGUAAACGUCCGAAUUGAAGGUAUCGUAGCGCGUCGACUGGCUACACGGAAGAUAAGUGAAUUAUGUGGAACGUUGGAGAGCUUGCCAGCCACAGAAGCAAUUCAAGCCUUGUACGCCACCAUGCUGCCUACUUCAGCGGAGACCAUAGCGCAGGCAUUGAGCCGAGACUGCGAUGUUUAUCUUGGCCAACGAGACCUUACAGAUCGAACCAAGAGUCAAGUAUCACGUCUCCAGCUUCGGUUUGUUGCUGCUUCCAGCCGAAGUCUCAUGCAAGACGUUGCAAUCGACCUGGAAAACACUGACAACUUAUCUCUCACCGUUGUUCAGUGUCUUCAAAACCAGAAAUUCGCUGAAAUUUCUUUGAUUCGAGAGACUUCUCCGGUUCGUUCGCUUACAACGAAAUCAGUCCAGCGAGUGUAUCUUGCAGACCCGAUGGGUGACAACUACGUGCUCUGUGCAGAUAGUUUAGGAGAAGAAGCGUUUGUUCCUGGAAAGCGACAACUUGAGCCUGAUGUUAUCUCAUUUUUUAAGACAAUCGCGUUGAGACUUCAAGAGACUAUCAUGUCGACUCGACAUCGCUUGAGUUACGAUCAGCUACGAAGCCUCACGACGCGCGCGCAUACCGAUUUGCGGUUACUUUACUCUACCAUUUUGGGUGGCUUACGUCGCGAUCUUGUGAAUAUUCACUCGCAGCAGAUACUUACGGUUGGUGACGAUUUCACGAGCUCUUUUCGACUGGAAGCCUGGCAACGUUCGAGCACUCGAAGGCCGUUAAAGACGCUACCGACUCAUUAUUGCUCAGUGAACGGCUGUGAAAGAACGAUGAUCGAGCACGAAAUCCACUCGGAGACUCAAAUUUUGCUACCGAUGACCAAUUUACCAAGAACUCUGGACAUGAGUCGAUCUUGUAUGCAGCCAGUUGAGGGAACGGAAAAGCAUGGCACCUUUACUUGCGCGUGUUUGGCGACUAUGUUGGAUUCUGUAGUGGCUGGUAGAGGCGGUGAUGCUAAGUUAGCGCUCUGUAUCUUCAGUCAUGAUGUAAAAUUUACUCAAGAACGAGAAAAGUCGGCAAUCGGGAAAAGGUCGAUGAUACCUAGAGAUUACGGAGAUAGCACGGCAUUCUUUAGCAAUUACCAACGACAGUACUUCUUCGCAUUUGCCGCAGUGGUUUCCGACGUGUAUACACACGUAUUUCGUGCUUGUGCGCUCGAAACUUUCGCCGCAGAGUUGUUUAUGACACUGCACGAAUACCUAGACGCAAGGGAUGGAAUAGUUGUCAGGUUUUCUAAAGAAGGAGACAGUAAACAAUCAACUGAUGAAUCGACAACAUCGGAAGCACCCUCAGCACGACCAGGAUACGUGACAACGGUAUUGUUUAGUCAGCAACCCAACAGAACUCCCCCAGGACGAGCUUUAAGUGGAAAAAUGGAGAAGAAGGUACGACAAUUCGAGGCGUCGAGCGCGCCAUUGUCGAUCUUCAUGACGAGGAAAGCUAUUCCAGCACCUCCUAUCAAUGUCAAACAAGACACGACAAAGGCAGGACCAAGCACAGCUGGGAACGUGAAGUCUAAAGAAAAACCAGUGAAACGUAGAGGAACGAGUUCUCUGUUCAAAGGAAAGAAAUUAUUUCGUUAUGGGAAGAAGAAGCAGGAUGAAGAAGAAAAAACCAAGGAACAGGAGCCUGUGAUGAAAUCUGUCCCCGAGUUGCAAGCACUCUCUCCUUCACGAGCACAGCAGCUGCAUGAAAAGGUAUCAUUUCAUGUGUUCAUCCGAGCUUUAGCACGCCACGGACGCCACGAUAUUAUCAUCUUCACCGUCGAGAAACAGUCGGCUCGGGCUGCGAGUACUGUCGAAAACCUUGUUCGGCAAGUCAAAGCUCGAGCAGAGGCUUUUGCUACUCAAAUGGUUUCAAGUCCUCCUCGUGGUGACGAAGAGAUCAAUGCCAAACGAUUUUGUUCGCAAUCUAAGUCGGAUGAUCGAGGUGGAGGCGGGUUCCUUCUUCUAUCACUAUUGCAAAAAGCCCGCGAUAGUUUCCAGCAGAUCGAAGGAGCUUUUGGAGGUGCGAUGCGUCAAUUCCUUACUGGAGCUCAAGCCACAGCUCGAGAUACCCGAUCGAAUGUUGAGGAUUUGGGUGCUCUUUUUGGUGAAUCAACGGUCACCCCAGUAACAGCACUAUUACGAGUGACACUGGUAGCUUGUGAAACUAAGCGUGACACUGCAGUAGCUUUCAACCAGACAGAUUUGCUCAAGGAAUACUUACGAAUGCAGGCUGGCCGUAAGCUUCUUCAACUCGACCCUACUGACAAUAAAGUUUGGGGAGCUGUAGGACGGGCAAGAGCACUAAUUCGCAGCUUUGAUGAAGCCAUCCACACGUUGGAACCACGUUACGAAGAUGGAGAAAAACUUAUUGGGGUGAAAGCGGAGGUGAAUCGAGCUUUACACUCUCUUCUUGACUUGUUACUAGCACAAUCAGCCGUCGUGCGAUACCUGAAGCACCUGGAAACGGAGAUCACACGCGAACGAAAGCAGCUCUACGACAAUCCAGCGACAACAGUGCAAUGCUUUGUCCGUCAAGCUCAAGCACGAAUGGAACUCAAGAAGCGACGACGAGAAUUUCGAGCGGCUUUGGCAAUCCAGUGUGCAUUCCGUCAACAUUUGGCUCGUCGUCGAGUUUUGUUUAUGAAAUGGACUCGAGCUGCCAUCAAAGUACAACGAGCAUAUCGUCGCAAACGCCAACGAGCAAAAGGAUCCCGACCCCGGCGAUUCAGUACGCAAUUGUUGUCGACCUCGCAGAAUUUUGGCACCACGACACGGUCUCCUUCUGUGGUGGUUAAUGUGGACGAGGCAUGGCGCACAGAUAUGUCUAGCUUUGGUUCAUUCCAGGAGUAUGUAGCUAGUAAAAUUGGACGCGAGCAGAUUAAGAAAGAGGAAGAACUUAUGUGGAAACACCGACGGGAGUUGGAGAAAGAGCGAGCUCGACUUCCUCGGGAUGAAGCUCUACGAGAGGAUGUCGGUGACUUGUUUGAGCUUUUGGAUGAUGCUGGUAGUGGCGAGUUGUCAAGAGAACGCACGGCUGCAUUGAUCACUCGACUGCACGUGCCGCUGAAUGAAGAGGAAGUGGCUGACGUCGUCGCUAUGAUGGAUAGCGAUGGGUCCGGUGGAAUCUCCAUAGACGAGUUCAUGCGCUGGUUUGCACACGAAUUCCCACUGCUACAGAAGCGAGCCCCACGCGUCUGUGGUGUGGUGACUAAACGUGAUUGGCAAUGGGUCAUCGAACAAUCAGCUCGCUCUGCGAUUCUAAAGCGAUGGAGAGCGAUACAUACACGUGCAAUGGCGACCGCACCAGGAGGAACUAAUAAUUAG